AUGGAAGCUCCAGAGCUUGUGGAGGCAGAGAUUCCAGAGGUUGUGGAGGCUCCAAUAGAAAAGGAGUCUGUGGAGACAGAGGUUCCAGAAGCCAUGGAAACUCCAAAGGCUGUGGAGGCUCUAGUUGAAAAGGAGUCUACGAAUACAGAGGUUCCAGAAGCCAUGGAAGCUCCAGAGCUUAUGGAGGCAGAGACUCCAAAGGCUGUGGAGGCUCCAGUUGAAAAGGAGUCUGCGGAGGCAGAGGUUCCAGAAGCCAUGGAAGCUCCAGAGCUUGUGGAGGCAGGGACUCCAGAGGUUGUGCAGGCUCCAGUCGAAAAGGAGGAGAGGCAAGGAGGACAUGUGCAAGAUCCCAUUUUUAUUCCAGAUCAUCAACACCCUCGUGUGGAUCUGAAGGAGAUCACGCAAGUUUUAAGGGUGCAGUUUGGUUUGAAUCCUCAGAUGGCCAAUCACCCUGCAUAUCAGAGGCCUUUCCCCGAAAGGAUCAUCAACGAUUAUCCACUGCCAAGGAAUUAUCGACCACCUGACUUCCAUGCUUUUUCAGGGGAAGACGGAUCCUCUACCAUAGAGCAUGUGGGUCGCUUUACAACACAGUUAAGGGAAGUUGGAAAUAAUACCUUCUAUAAACUGCAAUUAUUUGGAUUAUCUCUCACCAGAACAGCUUUCUCAUGGUUUGUAAACCUGCCGCCUGGGCAAAUACAAACUUGGGAAGGGUUGGAGAUGGCGUUUCAUGCUAGGUUCUUCAAUCCUUUUGCCGACCGUCUCUCUUACUGA